AUGGAAUCGUCGAAUAAUAACACCACUUCACCGAUUGAAUCUUUUACCACGAAUGUUAUAACUAUUUCAAACGUUGCGAGUAUAGGCUGGUGCAGGUACUCUUAUGAUUGUCCCUCCGACAAACUCCGCUCAUUUAUUACCUCCGCACCUUUACUAUCGUCGUGGUCAGAAGCCACCAGCCUUCCAGCAAUGGACGAUCCUAUCGUGGCUAACUACCUAAAGUUGCUCGAGGAAGGAGUUCCAUGUACGUGGCAAUACAGUGGUGAAUCAAAAGAUUUAAAACAAACUGAUGGAGGAAGUUUUUCUUUGGAAGAUAUCGAUUCGCUCACAACGCAAUAUCAUUUAUUCAUAAAAUCUAUUAAAAAUUUAAUAAGCCGAUCUUUAAUAAAGAAAGGUGCAGUUCCUUUGGGUGAAUGGCACGUCUUUCCACAAAAUUCUCAGAUAGUAUACGAAAGGUUAGAUGAUCCAAUUGUAAAACAUCAGAGUUUACGUCCUUUAGAACCUAAUGACCUUGAGUCACCAGACAGCAUACGAGCCGUCAUAUCACCUUCCGGUUUACGAGUCAAUAUACUGACAAUUAAGCGCUAUGAAGAAGAGGACGUAUCCGCUAUUUCAAAAGAGUUCAAGGCAUUUUUUAAUAUUGAUUCAUCAAAGAUGUCUGGAACAAAUGAAUCAUAUUUACCUCCUUUAGUGCAAAUAUCAAUAACACAAGAUGCAGUUACCAAAGAAUUUCCUUACCCUUCACAAUGUAUAUAUGUUGUUACUGAGGGUAAUAUAAGCUAUCAACGUGGAAUUUCUGAUUUCGGAAUGGGACCUGUAUUAUGGAGUAAUUUGGAUGGUGGACUCUCAAAUAAUAUGUUGACCAAAGAUCAACUUAUAAAUAACAUCAAUUGGUGGCACUACAAUGAUCCGUUACGUGAUGUGGUAACCGUACUGAAUCAAAAGGAUUUCCAUGAUUCAAGUGUCUCGUCUCCGUCUGGCUCAGAAACCCCUGGAAUAGUUACCGUAAUAUCCAACGCAAACUCACCAGCACAUCCUCUGACCCCUGUAUCAAGAUCAAAAAAACGACCUUUGGGUGACACAAAAGCCUAUCCGUCUCCACCAGAUGUAGUCCAACCAAUGCCUGCUGAAGGGUUGAUUUCACAGCUGCAAAAUGAAGAGGCAUUAUCUAUAAAUGACAAUAUGAUGGCUAUGAUGGAAGAUUACGACUACGAUCCAUACUUAGCAGCAGUAACGGAAGAGGAUUUUGAGACUUUUAAUGGCGAGCCCCCCGCUCAUACAACUGCGACUACGAAUUAUCUAACUCCAGCGCCAGAUUCUACGACAGUUGUUAAAGAACCGAUAGCUAUUACACCAUCGUCUCCACCGAAGAAAGAAAACAAUAGCAACUUUGUUGAUGAUCUUAAGUGUUCUCAAGACAAAAAGACAAACCCACUGGUCCCUAUUGAAUAUGCUCCAUUGGAAUUUGUCAAAGGCGUGGAUGAUUCUAAAUAUCUUCCUGGUGGAAGAUUCUUUAUACAUACUAAUCGGAAAAAGCGGAAACGCUAUAUAUACGGUCCUGAAUAUACUCCGUUGCCAAAAUCCGAGCCUAAAAGGCAAAAGAUCUUGAGUAAAGUUCCUACGAAUACAAUAAAAGAAGAAGAUAAUGAAUGUUCUGGCUCUGGAAGUUCUACAGAAAGCAGUGAUUCCAGUUAUGGUAGUGACUCCAAUUGUGGUAGUGACUCAGAUGUUGAUAAUAACUCGAAUUACGAUGGAAGCACCAAACAAAUUAACGCAUUUAUAAUGAAUUCUCGAAAAUUGGAAUUUAUAAAUGCGGGACGUUUAUCAAUGAUGAUUGAUUUUUAUGGCCCUUCUAAUUGCCGAAUGCUUCGCACGGUAAAUGAACCUGAGGCAAAAGGUGACAUAACGAAUCUUGCCCUUACAUAUCUUUGUGAACAAGUUGUGUUUGGUUCUUACCCUUUUGGAGUUGGUAUUCAUGGGGAAGGAGAAAAGUUACCUACGGCGUCCGCACUUCCGUUCGAGGUAGAUAAAGUUAUUACUAAAAUUAAAAAAGCAAUAAUUGAUAUGUCCGAUAGAAUGCGAAGACCGGAUGGCCUGGAGUUAUCUGUAAAAGGACCAUUAACGGUUCAAGAAUAUCAUAAAUUUGAUGAACGUCACGAAUCCGAUUCAAAAAUGGAAAAUAAUGAAGAUAUGGAAUCGAAUUUUCGAGAAUUAUCUACCCCUGACGUUAUUACUAGCUCAAAUGACUAUCUAAUAGAGACUUCUCCUGAAAUAUUGAAGUUUUGGGAUACUCAUAAGCUUACUCCCUACGAUGGAGCAAAGAACGUCAAGUAUCUUGUGAUGUUUCCUGAAUCAGAUAAUCUUCGCUAUUACAUCGAAUAUUUUUUUGAUGAAUUACGGGUCCAAUACGAACACCUCUGUGCAUUAGGUUCCCAUGAAUCUGCUUCAGUGACGAUGAAUAAAAAAAUUAACAAUGGUCUUAUACCGAUUUCUUUAGAGCCACUUUUGCCAAACGAGUCAGAGUUAUCACAACAAAUCCGAAGUUAUGAGUUGGCUUGUGAACAAUUAGGAAAGUCGCUGGCACAAUCUGCAAAGCAAUAUGAAGACCAUAACCUUGUGAUAUAUUUAGUCAAUCCAUGGAACCAUUUGUCGUCUAAUUUCGAUAUUUUAAUGAGUUUUUCAAAAAUUAAAGCAUGCUUUAAGGAAAGCAAUAAGAAAAAUUCACAUCUCAUAUUUCCGCAAAUUGUGCCAAUUGAUCAUAUUAUUCGAUUCGGUAAAACAACCAGUUCGUCUUUUAGGCUAAAACCUGUACUUAAAGAGUUAGCAUUUUCUGUUUAUACCAGAUCUCAGACAUAUAAAGCGCCAUUCGUUUUACCCAAGCCAGCUGUGGUAUCCGUAAACUUUAAAUUGGCUAAAGAUCCACUACCUCUUGAAGAACUUGUCACAUAUGAUACUAUCCUUCAGAUUUCGUAUGGAUAUAGUUUUGAUAAACGCAGAAUGUUUUUUGUAUGGGUGGAUAUGCAGGGAAAGCACUUAGGUUGUGAAUCAUUUCCCACGACAGUGCCAUCAACAACAAUCAAACAUUUGUUCAGUUCAGCUUGGGAUAAAAUUCGAAAAAUCAUGGGUGACUAUCGGCAAACAAACAUCACCAAGGUCGGGAUGAUUACAAAAGAAGAAAAAGAUCUAUGGCUGCAAAUAACUGGAGGCGGUGUUACUAUUCUAUCAAUUGAUAUUGAACCUGCCUUAACCAUUAAUCCUAUUUUGGAAAAUAAACAUCAUAAAUUAAAGGUAUGUGGCAUGGUUUUAAAUCAUCCAAUACCGUUACAAGACUUUCUACCGGUGGCAACCGGAUAUUUACUAGAAAUGGAUACUGCUGAUAUAGUGUCCAGUGCUAUCCAGGUGAAUCUACUUCAUUCAUCUAAAUCUGAUAAGUACACACAGGUUUUGUGGGAUAUCUUGAAGCAAUUUCAUACCCUUACGUUUAUGGAAGUGACCCAAACUCACGCGUGUCUUCCAUUCCACGUUCUAUCUGUCGAACGUCUUGCGCGAGCAUUUGUAGGAGCUCCUACGUAA